AGCGAGCGGCAUGUCCUGUAAUAAAGCAGCUGUCAUCAACAUCUCCACUGUGGGGGGAUCCAUGACCAGAAUACCUCCCUUGUACAUCCAGCUCCCAGAGUACAUCCAGCUACUGCGUUAGCAAGACACCAUGGAUGCCUGCGAAUGCUGAGCUUGGGUCUAGAUCGUCAGGACUGUUUGCCAGUGUGCCGGACCCACCUUUGAUGUCAGCGAGAGCCGCAGGCAUCCCGGUGACAUCAGCACUCUCGACCCCUAACAAAGUGGCCCUGCCACCCUCUGCUGCUCUUCCUUCAACGGUGGUCGCCAUUUUGAGCGCGUGAGCCGCACACUGCGCUCCAGAGGCCUCACCUGUCCACAGGUCUGCAUGACUGCAUUCACUGCAGGACCUCUCAAGGUGAAGGCACCCUGUCUGCCCUGUCACAAGGCCUGUUUCUUGUUCAUGUUUCCACGACUUUUAUUUUGUAACCCGAGUCUGUGUCGCGCUUCCCUUGCCGUCAUGUUUCUCUGCCUUAUCGAUGUGUCGUGUUCACGUUGGUUUAUUUUCUCGUAGUUUCUGUUUGCUUAUGGGUUUGUUCUUUUCUUUUGACCCCAACUUGUCUUUUGUUAGCGUAUGAAUGCGUUUAUCCGCUGUUGGCGAGUGUUUCAGUGUUCAGUCACCUUUCACCAGCUCAAAACAUUUGGCACAUCAUGAAAUGACAAAAAGGCUAGAAUCGGAAGUUCCUUUCCCAAAUCUCUCCAAAAAAAAAAAAUGUUUAAAUACAAGGCCCUGCCCGAAAGAUUUUGCCAUCAAAUCCAAAAUGACCUUUUAUUCUCCCUUAAAAUGGCAUGUUUUCUAUUUCAACAUUUCAAACAUCUUAAACAUGAUUUUUUAACUUUAAUUAGAUUGGGGCGGUAGAUAUUAACGAUAUCAUGGUAAACCAUAAGAACAAUAACCUUUGUACAAGAGGUCAUGAAAGUGCAGAUCCAGGUCCAAACUCCAAAUGUAUUAAUCAUAUCUCAUACCUAUUCAUAAGCAGUUAGCCCACACAUUUAUGACAUACACAACAACCUUUUACCAUAUCUACAACCUUUUGUUUUUUAUUUAUUAUUUUAGAUAUAUAAUUUUCUCACCGAGAUAGUUCUAGUAAAUUAUUAAUUUACUAGCGGUGACAUGAGGUGAAUUUCAGGCUGCAGGAUGACUCUUUAGCUGAACUGCUCCACAUGUUUUCAUCUUGCUGUCAUGAAAUAGUGGCAAACAGAUAAAAAGAAAUGUUCAGACAUUUAGAAUUUGAUGAUUUGUCCUAUAUUUUUAGUUUAUAUUUUAUUUUUAGUUAUUUUUAAAGGUAAUAUAAUUUUUUGUGUCAGGCCAUCAAUUCUAAAAAAAAACUAUUGUCAGCAUGAUACUGCAAAACUUUACAUUUCUAUCACCUCCCACUGCUGCUGAAAAGAUUCAUUAACGAUACUGACUUAUGGAUACACUUCUGAUGGUUACACAAUAGGUGGAUGUGAUGAAAAGCAUAUGAGAAGCCUAUGAGCAUAUGAAAAGCAUAUCAUACAAGCUUAUCAUACUGUACAAUGAUAUCUGAGCAACAGAGAAAGACAGAGAGAACGCCGAAGCAAGCAUUUAUGCAUAGUUCUUAUGAAUUUAUGACCUGACAAAAAAAAAUGCAUUACCGUUUGAAAUUACUUGAAAAUAUAUAUACUAUUAAAAAUAUAUUACAAAUCAUCACAUUUUGUUUGUUUGCCACUACUUGAUGAAAACAUGUGGUGCAGCAGCUUAAAGUGUAGUUAUUAAAAUAUAAUCACAAAAAAAUCGAUUAAAGUGAAAAUGUGAUUUUUACUUUUGCAACUGCUGAUUAUUUAAUCAGCACUACUGGAAAUCUGUGUUCCUACUAAAAUUAUAAACUUGAGGAAAAUAUAAUUUUAGCUUCAAACAGUUGUGCAAUUUUUAUUAUUAUUAUUAUUAUUAUUAUUAUUAUUAUACGUUAUUAUUAUUAUAAGUACACCAGACAAAAAAUACCUCGUUUCUUGUCUAAAUUUGAAUGCGCUGCCACUAUUUAUUAUACUAUAUAACAAGCAGUCAUAUUAGCUAAGUUAUCUUAGCUUUUUUUCUUUCUUUCUUUAAUUCACCCUCUCUGACUUUUUAUUCAUAUAAUUUAUCUUAUAUUUUUGUUACAAAAAUCCAUCAAUCUGCUUCAGAGGACACGCGGUAACCACCUAUAGAUUAGUUUUAUGUCACAGUACUUGCGGACAUAUCUGAUUUUAACUUCCAAAUAAUGCCAGCUAACCUCCAAGCUUGGAAGAGCCAGGAUACGUUUUUAAAAACUCUGACUGUGUUUGUAUGAAAGAAGAAAGUCAAAUACACCUAGGAUGGCUUUGAGUGAGUAAAAUAUGGGGUGAUUGUAAUUUUUAGGUGAACUAUUCCUCUUAACCAUAGAGAGUAUGACACAGCACAAAUCAAGUUCAAAACAGGCGUGGUGCUUAUUUGGGUUCGUAUAAAAAAGCACUUCUAAGGAGCAGGUCGAAAGACUCGAACUGGUGAACUUAAAUAAUGGCAGCAGUGAAAGCGUGCAAUAUCUUGAUCACCGGAGCCAACCGGGGCUUGGGCUUAGAAACCGUAAAACAGCUCCUGGAGGAUUCUUGUCAGAAACGUCAUAUUUUUGCUACCUGUCGUGACCCAGAUGGACCGAAGUCUGAGGCAUUGAGAGAACUGGCAAAAAAGCAUCCAAGUGUGAUCACUAUCAUACGUCUCGAUGCUGAUGAUCCAUCCAGCAUCAAAGAAUCUGCCAAGAAAGUGGGAUCUCUGCUGGGAAACAGCAGUUUGAACCUGCUUGUGAAUAAUGCUGCAAUCAUAGCAAAUGGCACCAUUCAGACCAGCAGUGCUGAAGACAUGAAAAACACCUUCAAUACCAAUGUGAUAGGACCCUUAUUAAUAAUUAAGGAGUACUUACCAUAUCUACAAGCAGCAGCCAAAGCGAGCGGGACACCAGGCAUGUCCUGUAAUAAAGCAGCUGUCAUCAACAUCUCCACUAUUGGUGCAUCCAUGACCCAAAUGCCUUCCAUGUACAUGCAGUUCCCAUUGUUGCCCUACUGCGUUAGCAAGGCAGGUUUUAACAUGCUGACUGUGUUAGCUGCUGAAGAGUUAAAGGUGGAUGAGAUCCUCUGCAUGGCCCUUCACCCAGGAUGGGUGAAAACUGAUAUGGGUGGAGACAAAGCACCACUUGAAUCAAAGGAAAGUGUGGAGGGGAUGCUGCGGGUCAUUGGCAGUCUCACUGAGAAACAGCACGGUGCAUUCCUGGACUACACUGGAGAAACUGUGACCUGGUGAACCAGAAGAACUAUAUGGUCAUGAAAGGUCCUCGAGGUCAUCAAGGUCCAAACUUCCCUAUUUAACCUAAUAACCAUUUAUGACCAACAUAUGAUAACUUUUUUACUAUUUCAUACAGAUGAAUAAAGCGGUGAUGUCUCUAUCUCUUCACUGUAUAUACUGUCUGUUACACACACAA